UGACGUUGGUGUUUUGACGUUACUAAUCAUGUAGUGCAGUCUUUGUAACUAUGGCAUUAGGGCGUGUCCGUCUUUCACAAGACUCCAAGAAACUAUCAGUCUCUCCACUGGAGACUGGAAUCUUCUGUAAAGCUUCGAAAUGAUGAAGGCACAAGUUCGAUACGUUAGAUGUGUCAGAAAAAAUACGAGAGCUAACGUGGAAUCGAAAACAGGGAAGAAAAAACAAACAGAGAUAGACGAGGAAUAAGAUUGUUGCCUCAUAUAAUACAUUCUCUGAACAAUCGCUCACCUUUUGAAAUGAUGAUUUUGAUGUGAUAUCUUCUCAUGAAAUUAUUGUCUCCGUCAUUUUGGGAUGUUCAUCAUGAUGAAGACUCAUCAGUUAUUGUUUGUUCUUCUCGGCUUUUUGUCUGCUCACCUUCACGUCGACGCAUAUGUGUUGGAUGAAGAUUCCGGUCUUGAAGAACUCUUUACCAUGUGCAUGAACGGCUCUUGUGAAAGUGAAAGCUUUUCAUGCACCAACCGUUGCGGUUCGUCGCUGCCCAACUCUCGAAGUUGCCAGUGUGACCACGAGUGCCUUAUUCUCGGCGACUGCUGUCUUGAUUACGAACACCUCUGCAUCCCUCUAGCGAUUCGCCAUCACACGAGGAUGGUGGCUUCGUCUUUGCCUGUACCUGAUACUAGUCUGUCGUCCUCUGUGAGUCAGGAGGACGAAGGCAACAGAGCUGCGUCAUCCAUCGGGGACAAUUUCUUGAUCCCGCCGAGUGUCAUCGUCGCUAACUAUCCAGACUUCGACCUGUCUUUAAGGAGAUCCCACAUGCAUUUAGGCGAUAGGGCCUGUGUUAAGGUAGGAAAUUAUAAACACUUCGUAUUCGUGAAAAAGUGCAUGGAUUCAGCCUACUCCGGAAGUCAACUGGAGCAGCAGUGCCAAAUGGCUACCUCUACCUUGGAUUUGUUAGCGUCACUCCCUGUGGCAGUGACCAAUGAUACGCACUACCGGAACAUCUAUUGUGCCUUUUGUAGUGGUAUACAAUACAAAGACAUCUACUUCUGGAAAAUAGGCUUCGACUGUGGAUCUAACAGGAUUCAGACAAAUCACUACCAAGGAGAUGUGUUAGAUACGGUAGGUAUCAUGAUGAAACUCUGUGACUACGAUAUCUUGCCAAACCUGGCUCCGGGUACACAGAUGCCUCGAUCAUGUACACAGGAGCAGGGAUCCGAGGAUAGGUGCAGGUGCAGUCGCGGAUCAGCACAAAAUACUUGUCAACAAUUAAGGGACACGUACAGCUAUCCUGUAAUUGUUCAUGGAAAUUGGUACAAGAAUGUCCACUCAGCGUUCUGUAACGAAGAAUUCAAUGGUACAUCGACCAACAUAACGUGCUCCUUUGAAAACGAGAUACGAGAUCGAAACAGUAGACCAUUUGCUCUACCGAUGUUAUUCACAUUUUCUAUGAAAGAUGGAGCCCUACUCACGACCUCAGCCAACGACUUAGUACGGUCCUCGAAUUCGUCGUCUUGUGACAUCAAUGAGUGGUUAGAUCCAUUUCUCAAAGAAUGCCGGGCGAUUUACUGCCCGAGCAACACAUUUGUCAUCAAUGGGGUCUGUGUGAAAGACCUCAAACCAAGUAAUCUUACUUUUGACCAAUGCUCAACGAAUAGCUCAUUCUGGAAACAGAAAUACGAAGAAAAAUUGCAAGAAACGGACAAGUACCGGCAAAGAACAUCCUGGCUCAAAAUCCGAGCUGUUUCUAAUCAUGAGUCGGCGCUCAACCUCAUAAUGGUCACAUUUCGCGUUACUCUGAAAAGCGAGAAACUUGAUGUCAACAUCAAGAAUCUAAAGACAGUGUCUUCAUCGACUAGAAACUCUACCCUCCAUACCCAAAGCAUUGUCUUCGAGCUACACCUGAUCGACAACACAUCAAACUUUACCAAUAUGCCAUCUGCGAUUCGACGGGCAGUACGACUUCUGGCUUACGACAGCGGUAUAACAAUGUCGGUACUUUCUGUCGAAUGGAAAACCUACGAAUCGCUGUCCGUUCAUACUGAUAUAUGCACCGAGUCUCAAGGAGAUGUGUUCCUUCGAGUCUUAUGGGCGAAAGACACCACCGACUAUUCGGACGAUGAGUACGACGAAUUAUUACUAAACGAAGACAUGUUUAAUGAGUAUCAGCCCAAGAAAUUGACCAUCUACACGGAUAACAACAAGGAAUGGUCAAGAUUUAAUCUCCAUUGUUGCAGUAGCCCAUUGAUGUGCAGGCAGAUUUCUUUUAAUUCCUCGGAGUUUGACUGGGAUAAUGUACUCAACGGUACACUUCUACAUAAAGCGAGUGGCAUAGUCAUUCCAUCCGAUAUGUUCUCACUAGAUGGGAAUGGAUUUGUCCGGGUAUGUGAGGAUAUGUUUGGUAAUCAAAAUAUCACGAACAAACUCAAAGGCCACAUCCUCAACAGUCAGACGUACGUGACGCUUGUUGGUAACGCCAUAUCCAUCAUCUCAUUACUAGCCACAUUAGUCACCAUGUGUACCUUUCCAGAACUCCAGAACCUACCUGGCAAAAUCAUAUCUUGCUUGAGCAUCUCGCUUCUGCUGGCAAACAUCUUUCUGUUGAUAAGUUACCCGUCAUCGUCCGAAUGGCUCUGCUUGUUGUUCGGUGUUUCCCUUCACUAUAUUUGGCUCAGUGUGUUUUUCUGGGCCAACGCUCUUGCCAUAGACAUGACCCGGACAUUCCGCGUCAACUCCAAAAGGAUGGUCUUCAGGAUCAAGGGCAACGUCCAAUUCAUAAUCUACUCCUUGUACGCAUGGUUUUCACCCGCCAUCAUCGUCACUAUCGGUGUCCUCAUACAUUUCUUGUCGGAGCGAAGGAUCUACAAUACUGUGGGUACAUGUUGGCUCAUUGCCGGUCAGCCCAUUAUAACUCUAUUUCUAUUACCUUUCACCUUCUUCAUGGUUGUCAACACGGCGCUCUUUAUCGUGGUUCUGGUUAGUAUCAGCAAGACCAAGGAUGGAAUGGACAAUGUAACAGAAUCAUCCAUCAACAUCCAGCCCAGAGCAAUCGCCUGGCUUGCUAUUAAGCUCUCAUUCACGUUGGGAAUCACAUGGGCCCUUGGUUUGGUCGCUGCUAUGGCAGGCAAUCAAAUCAUCUGGUACAUUUUCAACGUCGUCAACUCCUUGUCUGGACUCGGUGUCUCACUCUCCAUUGUUGGAAAUCAGAAGGUUCUUCGGCUGUGGCAAACGAAGAUGAAACGCUGCAGAGGCACAAACGUUGAGGGUGCCACAGAAAAGAAAAGUACCAAUGUGGACAAAGCAGCGUCUGAGAGAAGAAAGAGUACGCCCAGCGACAGUUCAAAACAGAUUCUCAACGAUAGUGAAAUCUAA